GUAUGUGUUUGUAAAAUUUUUUUUUUACAUUUUUUUUCGAUUGUGAUGUUAUAAUUUCAAUGAUAAAAAAAAUUCAAAAUGAUUCUAUUAAACAAUCACAUAAUUCUAGGCCCUUGCCUAGCGUUUUUUAUCAUCACAAUAUGUUUGCAAUUAUGUCAUACACAAAUAGCUAAUAAUGCUGGAUUAAAAACUGCAUCCGGCCAAAGUUCAAUCAAUAUACAAAGUAUACGAAGUGGUUCAGAUUUAAAUCGAGCUCCACAAUACAUUCCAGGUAAUCGGCGACCAUUAGAACAACAGGGACCAAUAACAAUGGGUGAUCUACAACGAUUCCGUACCGAAUUAAUGUAUCCAUUUAAUCAACAAGAUUUUCUUGAAAUUACAUCCAGUAAAUCUUUUCAUGAUCAGCCAUUACAAUUUCAGAUGCCAUUUUUUGGUUUCCGUUACACUUAUGUUUGGAUUCAAAGAGAUGGCUAUCUAGCAUUCAGUCAAGGACAAUUAUCAUAUAAUUUUCCUAUAAAAUUCCCAUAUGCACCGCCAAACAAACAGAGCAAAGGUCAUGAUCCGGCAAUUAUUGCACCAUUUUUUGCAAUGCAAGAAGUUGAACCAAGAGCUCCUCAAGGUGGUAUCUAUCUUCGUGUGGUUGAUUUGACAAAAGAAUCCAAUUAUACAUUACGUGAUCGUAUAUAUGCUGAUUUUCGUGAAGGAAUGAUUGGUGCUUCGAAUUUUCAUCCAAAAUUUGCCAUGAUUAUUACAUGGCAAAAUAUGACUUAUACAAAUCGUGCUCCGGAUUUUGAACGAGUCACUAACAGCUAUCAGGUUGUAUUGGCCACGGACGAAGUACGUACAUUUGCCAUGUUUAAUUAUGAACAUAUCGGAUGGAUCGCACCCUAUUUCGAAGGUAAAAAAGGACCACCAGCUUAUGUUGGUUUCAAUGCUGGCAACAGUACUAGAACAUAUGAAUUUGUUCCAUAUUCACAAAAUGCACGUAUUUCAUAUCUUCCAAGCCGAGGUUUUGGCAACAAUCUUGAAGGACGAUAUUUUUUUCAAAUUGAUGAAGAAAUCUGGUCUGGUGCUUGUGUAGAAAAAGAAUUAGAUCCUAAUCUACCUAGUCGAUUGCCAUUAUCAUUUUUUCCAAAAGUCGGUAAUAUGCUUGGUGGUACACUGGUCAAUGUAACUGGACCUUGUUACAGUCCUGAAGAUAUUAUUGAAUGUAUGUUUGAAAAUUGGCCAACCAAAGGUGUUUACAUCGAUAAAAAUCGUGUCAGUUGCAUUUCACCACCUGUCAUGUAUCAUGGCUAUGUUGAUUUAACAGUACGAGUAAAUGGCAUUAUUGACUUUUAUGGUCGAUUUUAUAUUCAGCCACCAGAUAUUGCACAUGAUGAUAUUUCUAUUGUAGCCGAUGGUGAUCGUCAAGAAGAUCCAGUAGAAAUUGAAAUCAAAUGGAAAUCCGAAAGAUUAACAUUGGAUCCACGAGCAAUUGGACAAUUAUCAUUGUGGGGUUAUCGUGAAACCGAAAAAGUCUAUCCAUCACUGACCUAUAUCGAUCUAUUAGUUGAUGGUAUCAAUUUACAGGAUGCUAAAUAUGUUUUGGAUGUUCAACAAUUUCGAACCCGAUACAAUCCAUCAGUAUCGGAUAUUACAUUUGGCUUUUUAGCAUUGAAUAUUACAAAUCCAGAUCAAGUUUUUGGUUUAGAUCUAAGAAAAUCUCCAAUAAUCUGGUCAAGAGCUAUGCCGCUAGCAUGGUAUUUUAAGAAACAAUGGGAAAAAGAAUUUGGUUCAAAUGGAAAAUGGAAAACCUACAUGUGUAACAAAUGGUUUGAUCGUGAAACAUAUCUUGAUUAUUUUGCUACAACCGUUUUCCGUUGUCCAUGUACAAUGCGACAAGCACAAUUGGAUCGUGGCCAUUUUUCACCAGAUCUUCAAUGUAAUGUUAUCGAUCGUAAAUGUGAUACAUUUCAUCGUGGUGCAUUACAUUGUGUUAAAACUGGAAGACCUUCUAUUGGUGGGUCUGGACAAACUUGUUGUUAUGAUGAAACAGGUGAACUUUUACAAACAGCCGAUACAAUGUAUGGUGGACGACCGUCACGUGCCUAUGUUUAUGGUAAACAUCCAUUCAAAUCACAAAUGAUGAUACCAGUGUUGUCGGAAUAUUUCCAUGAUGUUGUACCAUUCUUUUUCUGUUGUAAAUGGCAAGCUGAAGAAGAUAAUGCCCAAACCUGUCAAAUGUAUAAUUAUUGGCGUACAUCACAAGAUUGUUCUUCGUAUCAACCACCAUCCGUUGCAUCGGUUUUUGGUGAUCCACAUCUAAUAACAUUCGAUCAAUUUAAUUAUACAUUUAAUGGCAAAGGUGAAUAUACAUUAGCUCGUGUUCAAAAUCCAAUGUAUCGAUUCGAGCUACAAGGUCGUUUUGAACAACUACCAUCACCGGACAAUUAUUCACCGAUGCCUAAUGCAACAUUUUUAGGUGCCAUUGCUGUCAAAGAUAAUGUAUCAUCAACAGUAGAAUUCCGUAUACGUCCAUUGGCUGCAAGUUGGCGUUAUCAAAUGUAUGUUAUUGUCGAUAAAGAAUACGUAUUUUGGUGGGAUGAUUCAAUGCGUGUACAGAAUUUCUAUGGUGUUACAUUAUUUCAACCGGCUGGUAUUAAAAAUAUGUCACAUAUUAUUGCCAUGUUUGAUUCUGGUGCUGGUGUUGAAGUUAUGGCCAACAAAGGUCGUAUGACUGUUCAUGUUUAUGCACCAUAUUCAUUUAUGAAUAGUACAUCUGGUUUGCUUGGAAAUUAUUCUAGAGUACAGCAUGAUGAUUUUGUACUACCUAAUCAACAAUAUCUUCCUAUUGAUAGUGCAUCCGAAGUAUUGUAUCGAGAAUUAUCUAGGGUGUAUCGUGUACUGGAAAAAGUAACACCAAACGAUAUUAAUCAACAGCCAACAUUAUUUUUUCAUGAUUCUGUGCCAUAUUCCUAUUAUGAUGGGAUAAAUUUCAAACCAGAAUUUAAUCCACAAUUACCAUCAUAUGCAAGACAUUUGGAAGCAGAUAUGAUCAAUGUUUGUACUGAUUCAAGCUCUUGUCGUUAUGAUUUCAUUACAACAUUGAGUAGAGAAUAUGCUACAUUGACCAAAGAAGAAGAAACAGCAUCAGCUAACCUGGCUAAAGAAGCACAAAGAAUGGAAAUCCGUUGUCCAGCAUUACCUAAACCAUUACAUGGAAGAAAAUCUGAAAAUCGUUAUUGGCCAGGUAUAAUUGUACGAUUUAGUUGCAAUGAUGGCUAUCGUUUAGUUGGUUAUGAAGCUCGUCGAUGUAGAGAAGAUGGCCUAUGGUCUUGGGGUGAAGAUCCAGAAUGUAUUAGCCAUGCAGCUUAUAUUGGCCAAAUUGCUGGCAUUGGUUUUGGAAUAUUAGUACCAAUAUUGAUUCUAUUGAUUAUAAUUGUAUUAUUUGUUGUAUUAAGUCGUCGUGAUAAUGAUCAUGAAGGUACAUAUGAUACACAUGAAGAUGGUGAUGAUGUACAUAUGCCUGAAGCUGAUGAAUUGACACCAAGCGAAAAAAAUGAACAUAAUUCAUUUGAUAAUGAUCAACAUUGAUAAACAAUUUAAAUAAAAAAUACUAUCAAUAUCCAUUCAAACAUUAAAAACAAAACAAAACAAAACAAAAAAUUCACAUCAUCAUUCAUCAUUCAUUAAAUUCACCAAAAAAAAAAAAAUAAAAAUAAAUAAUUAUAUCACUAAAUACACCCACCAAUCAUAGAAAUAUCCAUUGAAAGACAAAAAAAAAACAUCACCUCUACUUUCGCUCUCACAUAUAUAUUCAAUUAUUA